AUGGACCCAUUCGAGUACAACGCCAACCCAGGCCGAGUAGUCUUCGGACCUGGCAGUAUCAACAAACUCCCUGACGAAGUAAAGCGGCUCGGCCUCAAGUCACCUCUUCUCCUCUCCACGCCCCAGCAAGUCAGUCAAGCAGAAGACCUCGCAAAGAUCCUCAAGUCCGGAUCCAUCGAGCCAGCAGGCACCUACACUAAUGCCACCAUGCACACGCCCUCCCACAUCACCGAAGAAGCCAUGACUUUCCUCAAAUCCAAGUCUGCAGACUGCGUCGUGUCAAUAGGAGGAGGUUCUACAAUCGGUCUGGGCAAGGCGAUCUCAAUAAGAACUGGUCUGCCUCACAUUUGCAUCCCCACCACAUACGCAGGAAGUGAGAUGACCCCGAUCCUGGGAGAGACCCAAGAUGGGCGCAAAACCACGCGGUCAGAUCCCAAAAUCCUACCCGGGACAGUCAUCUACGACGUCAACUUGACCAUGACUCUCCCAGUCGGACUCAGCGCCACAUCGGGAGUCAAUGCCAUCGCCCAUGCCGUCGAAGCAUUGUACGCGAAGAACAAGAACCCAAUUAUCUCGCUAUUGGCACUCGAAGGCACAAAGGCUCUCGCCGAAUCUCUCCCCGAAAUCAUCCAGAACCCUCAAUCCCAACCAGCACGCGAGAAGGCACAGUACGGCGCCUGGCUCUGCGGUGUCUGUCUCGGGUCCUCGUCAAUGGCUCUGCACCAUAAACUCUGCCACACUCUCGGUGGUUCUUUCAAUCUCCCUCACGCAGAGACCCAUACGAUCGUCCUGCCACAUGCGCUGUCAUACAAUGCGCCAGCCAUCCCAGACGCCAUGGAGAGAUUAGCCUCUGUCCUACCCGGUAGCGAAGGCGAUGCCACCAAAGGUCUCAACAUCCUCCUCGAGAAACUCAAGGUCAAGCGUGCCUUGAAGGAUUAUGGUAUGAAGGAGGAAGAUGUCGACAAGGCCGCCGAGAUUGCCGUGAGCAAUCAAUACCCCAACCCGAGAAGCGUUGAGAAGGAGCCCAUUCGUGAACUCAUCCGAAGAGCGUGGGCUGGUGAGCCAGCACGUGCCAAUUUAUAA